CAUUAUGGUGUUGAACAGGAAAUGUGUUCAUACUACGAUCUUUAAUAAAACUUUGGUACUGAAGUAGAAAGGAGUCUUAGAAAUGUUUGUAAUUUGACUUUUUCCCUCCUGAAAGCCAGUAUAUUUUCUGUGGUGUUAGCGAGUGACAUUGAAACAGAGAACAAUGAAGCUGGAGAUGCCGGAGUCAUUCAAAGAUGUUGCUAUCAUUUUUUCUUCUGAUGAACGGAAGCUGUUAACCAGAGACGAUAAAACACUUUACAGGGUUGUGAUGGAGCAGAAUUAUGAGAACAUGGUGUCAAUAGGAUACAACAUUCCUAGGGAGCAGCUGUUGGAGCUGUUGUUGGAGAAGGAGGAAUGUGUCUGUGCUGAUUUUGAGGGGGAUAAAGACCCACCAACAACAAAGGACCUAGAAGAGUAUGAAAAAAAGAAAGCUUGUAACCCAUGCAAUCUUUAUGUGAUAAAGGCAUUUAACAGGGAAACUAAAAAGAAAACUUGUGUACGGUUUCGAGCUGAGAUUGAAAGAGAAACUUUGAAUGAACAUUUGAAAACUUUAUGUAAAGAAGUACUGGACACUGCAAAAGUUUGA